AUGCGUUGGUACCAGGCAGGUUAUGAUACCCUUGAUGAGCACGUCCGAGAUGUUCGCGCACCUGACGUCGCAGUCGUAGUUUGCGUACAACUCCAUGAUGAGCUGCUCAUUGUGACACAAGUCUACGAUGAAUUCCAUGUUCAUUUCGAUGAUGUCGGGCUUGAACAAAUACGUCUUCGUUUCAUGCACGUGGUUCACGACAGACGCGAUGAUAUGCGUGAGCAACGCCUCGAACUGCGCCUUCAUCUGCGUCCUGAAGAAGAACAGCAGGUUCUUGAGCGACCUCAAGACCAACGAGUACAGCGACAGAGUUUCCGUGAAGCACAUGCGAUAUAUGGAGUUUGCUAUGAAGACCUGGACGAUCGGCAGUACCGCGUUGUACUGCCUGUGGUAAAGCGAUCCGAACUCCAUGGUUUGGUUGAGCGUUUCCAGUCCCACCACACAGACGUCUGA